AAAAUGAUAAUUCAUUCUUGACGUUAACACGUUCGCGGAAGGUUUACGUUUUGUCAUAGUAAAAUUAUCUUGACACAGCAGCGUUUAAUAAACUCAUAACGUUCAGGAAAAAACUAUCAUAAUGAUUCCUAUACGUGCAGUUUUAACUGUUGCAACCUUUUGGAUACUAGUUCUCGGAGUAAAUGCUGCUGAAGAAGCAACGAAUACUACGUUCGAAAAGUCUACUAAUAGUCAAGACAUGACAGUUAACGUGACAGCUGCGGCAAUGAGAUUUGUUGAAUCUUAUGUGGUUCCUACGGUAUGCAAUUAUUCCCCUGAGUUUUGCGCCAGACAUCAUUUGCAAUCAAGAGGAAUCCAGAGUUAUCUAGCUACAGCAGGAACAAUGUUAGCUGGAGUAAUGGGGAUAAUUUUAAUGAAAAUGAAAAUCUUGGUCAUUCUAACUUUAAUGAGUACAAUAAUUGGUAAAAUGUUACUGUUCUAUGCUUUCUUAAAGUCCGACCAUUACCAUCAUCACAGUCAUAAGCCUCAUCACUCUGUGCCGUAUGUGAAAUAUACAAAAGAUAAAUAUUAUAUUAAACACAGCCCACAUUUAAGUUCUCAUGAUGCAGUUGUUGAAGAUAUUGGUCAUUCGCCAUAUUCAAGUCCUCAAUCCUCAGGUGUCUCUUAUUACUAAUGAUUAUGACAUCUAAUCUUUCUCUAAUAAUAAUAUCCAUUAUAUGGAUAUAGAAGGUACCAUGUACGUACCUUAAAUGUUUUAUUUAUUUAUUAUUUGGUUUUUAUUGACAUUGUUAAGCAUAACAACUUAGCAUUAUUUGAAACAGUGUUACCUAAUUUGUAUUAUAAAAUGUAAGCAAUGUUUUUAGUCUUUAAUUUAAUUUAUUACAUUAAUUUAUUUUCAUAAAUAAUUGAAAUUAAUUAAAAAACUUAAAUAAAUAAUUUUUUUUUUAUAUACGCUUUCAUCAACCCAUCUAGGGCCAUAGCGGCCUUCCCAAAGGAGGAGGUUUCUUAACCAUUUAUACUCCAGGACGGUUGGUUAGUCCGUCGCCGGAGAAUGAGAUGGCGAUUCCAAUUACCGAACUGAUCUCUCGUUCAGCAAAUGAAACCGCCUGUGACCAAGUUUCGAACUUGAGGCAAUGCGCGUCAAGCACUGCCGUGUUACCGACUCGGCCACAUCGUCCCAUAAAGAAUUAAUUAUUUUUAUAUUUUUGAAAUAAAUUUACAUAUCUACUAUGAAGGACAAAAUAUUGGGUUAUCAGUGUUGAAUCCAGGAUUAUUUCAGGCGGUCUCCAGCCCCCAUGACAAUAUAAUUAUUUUAAGAAUAGGACGAUUUAUUUCGUUGAAAAACAUUAUUUUUUUUUUGCUUGAACCAGUUGCUAAAAAACUUGCUUACAGUCCCCUGAAAAAAAUCUGAAUUCAACACUGCAGUCGUAAUAUACUCGUCACUACCAUAACAUGGGAUAUUUAUACAUUCUAUUCUUAAAAGAACAUAAUCCUUUUCAAACAAAGCAAUGUAAAUAAACAUUUAAGAGAAAUAGUCAACAAACGCAUACUGUUUAGUUAUAUUGUAAUAUACACGAUUCAAUCAUAAUCAAUUAAUAGUCACUUUUAAAAUCAUUCCUUCCGAAAAGAAAUCUAUAAAUUAUUUUUGUCAUUUUUUUUUAUUCUAAUUUUAUUUUUAAAUGCACUGUAUCAAUCCUAAUAUUAUGUGUAAAAAACUAUGUUGGUAUUAUAUAUAAAAUAUCAAAAUGAUUUGUAUAAUCAACCUGUAAUAAUUUCUGUAUUUUAUGCUUCACUAUCAAUAAACAGUUAUACUGUAAGAAUAAGACAAUGAUGAUUUUCUUGGGUACAAAGUAUUAUAAAAAAGCAGAUCAAACCCUUACUCUGGUCUGUUCUAAUCGUGCUCUAGACAAUGUUACACAAACAUCGUGAUCAUCAAUGUCAAAGUUUUUACGUAUUAAAGUUGUGAACUAAAUCUAA